AUGUUCCAAUAUACCAGCCUGCCCCUUGGUGUCAAGACCGCCCCGGCCGUAUUCCAACAAACGAUGGACGCCAUGAUCUCCGGUAUCCCUGGCACAGCUGGGUACCUGGACGACAUCAUCAUCGUGGGUCGCUCCCCUGCCGAGCUGCAAGACCGAGUGUGCGCAGUACUCAAACACGUGCAGGAGUAUGGCUUCCGCCUGCGGGCCGACAAUUUUUAAUACUUCCUCAACUCCGUCAAGUACUUCGGAUUCAUUUUUGACGUCACCGAUCGCUGUCCGGAUCCUGAAAACAUUCGGGCCAUUCAACGGAUGCCUGCACCCAAGAAUGUAUCGCAACUUCGUUCGUUCCUUGGCCUGAUCAGCUACUCUAGCGCCUUCCUACCAUCGCUGCAUGACGUACGGGCCCCGCUCAACCAUCUGUUGCAGACGGAUGCUCCCUGGUGCUGGUCCCCCGACUGUGAAAAGGCCUUCGCCCAGCUAAAGUCGAUGCUGAGUUCAGAUCUGCAGCUCACGCACUACGACCCGACGCUGCCGAUCGUUGUUGCUGCAGAUGCUUCCAACCACGGAGUUAGUGCCGUCAUCUCACAUACUUUUCCCGACGGGUCUGAAAUGGCGAUCAUGCAUGCAUCUCGCACGCUAACCCCUGCGGAGAAGAACUACGGACAAAUAGAGAAAGAGGCUCUAGCCCUCGUGUUUUCCGCUAGUUGA